AGCAUUACUGUUUCUCCUUUUGACUGGGAAGGGACUUGACAAUGAAGACAAGCAGGGAAAAAGACCUGGAUGCUAAAUUUAUUAUUUCAAUGGAAAAAAAUAAAACGACAAUCACAAAUUUAAAAAUUCUGGAAGGUGUAACUGGAGACACAGGAAGGGAACGGACUAAAACAUUUACCUAUGACUUUUCCUAUUUCUCAGCAGACAGUAAAAGCCCAAACUAUACAUCACAAGAAAUGGUUUUCAAAAAUCUUGGCACAGAUGUUCUCAAAUCUGCUUUUGAAGGUUAUAAUGCUUGUAUUUUUGCAUAUGGACAGACUGGAUCUGGGAAGUCCUACACUAUGAUGGGAAACACAGGAGAUGUUGGUUUAAUACCUCGAAUUUGUGAAGGAUUAUUCAGCAGAAUAAAUGAAAAGACAAGAUGGAAUGAGGCGUCCUUUCGAACAGAAGUCAGUUAUUUGGAAAUCUAUAAUGAACGUGUGAGAGAUCUUCUUAGGCGGAAGUCUUCAAAAACAUAUAAUUUAAGAAUACGAGAGCAUCCAAAAGAAGGGCCUUAUGUUGAGGAUUUGUCCAAACAUUUAGUACAGAAUUAUACGGAUGUAGAGGAACUUAUGGAAGCAGGAAAUAUAAACCGAACCACUGCUGCAACUGGAAUGAACGAUGUUAGCAGCAGGUCUCAUGCCAUUUUCACGAUCAACUUCACUCAGGCUAAAUUUGAUUCUGAAAUGCCUUGUGAGACUGUUAGCAAGAUUCAUUUGGUAGAUCUUGCUGGAAGUGAGAGAGCAGAUGCCACUGGUGCUACAGGGGUUAGAUUAAAAGAAGGAGGGAAUAUUAACAAAUCUUUAGUUACUCUGGGAAAUGUCAUUUCUGCCUUAGCUGAUUUAUCUCAGGAUGUAACAAAUCCUCUUGCAAAGAAGAAGCAAGUAUUUGUGCCUUACAGGGACUCUGUGUUGACUUGGCUGUUGAAAGACAGCCUAGGAGGAAACUCAAAAACUAUAAUGAUUGCCA